AUGUUGCCAAAAAUAUUUGCUGUCAGCUCACCCAUUUGCCAAGUUUCGACAGAAGUUCGAGGGCAUUCGACCACAGUGACCUGGCGGCACGCUCGAAAAGGUGAUACCUAUUGCGUACUAUCGCCCGGCACCACCGUCCACAUCAGCCACAUGCAAUGUCCUGGCUACCACAUUGCAUACUGCGAAAUACUUGCCAGCCAUGUUGCCCCGGUAGUGUUGCUACAGGAAACUCUCUCCUUCCAACACCGUUGCCACAAGAAGAGCCGUCCACCCGAAACAAUGAGUUUGAAACUGGCAAUCCUGUGCAUGAUGGCUGCUAGCCCAUCAGUGCUUAGCGCUCCCCGUCCUAAUGGUGGCCAGGCUUGGGCCGUCGAACCUCCCACUGUAAACGCCAGAUAG